AUGUCCAAUGAUGGCUGGUCUUCUUGUCAAGAGCUACAGGAGUUAUCCCAAAUUGUGAGUCCUGAAGCCAAGUCUCAGUUUGACUCAUGGGUUCAAUGGUGCCCUGAUCCAUGUGAUAUUGCCCGAACAAGCUUUGAAUUUGUGACCUCUUUGCUUGGACAAAGAGCUAGCAGCUAUGCCAAACACUUGACGCCUCCCUACUGCUAUGCCGGCAUGCUCUCAGAUGACCCUCACAUGGAAGUGAGGAGAAUGAAACGUGAUUGGCAAGCACUUGUGCAGCUGGAAACCAGCACUGCAGAGCAGGCUUCUCAAUUGGCUAAAGAUCUCAGGAUCACUUUGCCCAGUCCAAUGCGUUUGGUCAUGUUGACAUUUGAAUCUGUGGGAUGGCAAGUUGAUGACCCACGUGCUUCAGGAGCCAUUCGAAUGUUGGGGUGCAUGUUGAAGCGCCUUCCUGAUUCUAAGCUGAUUGAAGACUACCAUCAGAGGCUGAAAGCCAAACAGCGUUAUGGUGCUCAUCAUCAAAAGAGGCGCUUGUCAUCAUUCCAACACAUUCAGAAUUUCUCAGAUGAAUUGCUUGCUGCCCGUGAUGUUGUUCACGCAACAAUGACUGAAGGGAUCUUCAGAACCAAAUACCGCCAGACCAACAGCAAGAGCUUUAGUGAGGCCAAGCACAUGAACUCAAGGAGGCACAAGCUUGCCAAAGACUUCCAGGCCAUCAUGAGUCCCAAUCGUGAUUGGUCUACAUUGACGGCUGCUUUGCUGAAUGUUCUAUGCCAGGAAGGCUUGGUCAUCAAGAAGAUUGGAACUGAAGUCCCGGUUUUGGUGCUGGCCCAACACUGCUGGGCCACUUUGACAUGGCCAUUGGCGAUGGGGCAUCAGACUGGUUGUGGGGAGCAGCACUUCUCUUUGGUACCAGAUGGAGCAGUCCAGUGGCUUUAUUGUUAUAACCCAGAGGACUACCUUGUGUUGCCUGUCAAGGCUCGUUGGGGAGACCAAGGUAUCUUCAUUGCUACAGCUGGAACGGAACAGCCCUUGCUGACUUACGCCCUCCUUUACUUGCAAGACCGCUUCACACUCAGCAAUCUUCACUCAGUUGGCCAGAUUCUUGGAGUUAUUGAACCUGGGAAGAAGCCAACAAAAAAGAAGACACUGGAAGCAUUGGCUACACAUGUGGGAGAUUGCAACUUCAUCGAACAAGUUCUUCAUCGGGCUGAGUGUGGCAAGCAGAAGGAGGACCAUAUCGCGUUUGAAGGUGAAGCAGACAUGCUGAGCUGUUUGUUAGAGCAGUUGGAUAAGGACGAGCAGGAAGAGUACAAGAGUCUGAAAAAGAAGUCAACUGAAGAGAUCAAUUACCGUCAGCAAGAGAAGUGGAGGCAGUGGCACAAGGAGAAGAUUCGUGAGAAGAAGGACAGAAGCUUCAAGUUGUCUUUGAACUGUGGUUUCAAAAUCUGUUAG